UCACCGCCGGCCGCGGCGCUUGUUGAAGACAGAAGAAAGAAAAUUCAAUCAAUUCGCAAAAUGGCGGAUGGAGGCGUGGAUAUAGAUUUAUACGCCGAUGAUAUAGAAUCUGAUUUCAAUAGACAGGAUGAUUUCGGAGGUGACAACGUAGAUUUGUAUGACGACGUGAUUGCGGCACCAUCAGUGAAGCCUGAGGAUGGAGACGGACCCCCGAACUCUCAACAGCAUCCACAUCCCCCGGAGGAGACCAACGGCAACGCACCGUAUCAUCACGGACCAAGCCACGGACAUCAUGGCCGCCGCUUUCAACUUUACGUCGGAAAUUUAACCUGGUGGGCCACAGAUCAAGACAUCGCAAACGCGAUCGCCGACAUUGGCGUGUCGGAUUUCCAAGAUGUCAAGUUCUUUGAGAACAGAGCCAACGGACAAUCGAAGGGCUUCUGCGUUAUAUCGCUGGGCUCCGAUCAGUCCAUUAGAAUGGUCAUGGAUCGCCUUCCUAAAAAGGAAAUCCAAGGCCAACACCCCGUAGUAACGUUGCCAACUAAGCAGGCGUUGAACCAAUUUGAGAGCCAGUCUAAGACGAGGUCUACGCCACCUGGACCCAAUAACCCCGGAAUGAGAGGAGGUCACCCAGGCGGGCCACCCGGCCCGCAUCCAGGAGAAUUCUUUGGUGGUGGACCAAACGGGCCCGGGCCGAACGGGCCCCGUAUGAUGAUGCCGGGGCCGGGGCCUCACCACCAGAUGCGCGGGCCUCCGCCGGGGCACCCGGGGCACGGCCCACCGCCACACCACAUGCAGCAGCACCAGGGCCCCCCGCCGCACCAUAUGCCCCCGCAUCAGGGGCCUCCACCCCACCAGGGGCCUCCACAGCAUAGACCACCAAUGCAGCAAUUAAAUUUCCAGUUCCAAGGCCCGCCGCAGAUGCAGCGGCCGGGGCCCGGUGGGCCGGGCGGCCCGGGUGGCCCUCGGGGCGGCGAGUGGGCCGCGCGUGGCCCCCCGCACAUGCAGGCAGCGCCCGCGCCGCAGUACGGCCCCCCGCAGCACCAGAUGCCACAUCCCAUGCCGCCGCCGCAUGCAGGUCCAGGCCAAGGCAUGCCACCACCACACCACCAAAUGCCUCCGCACCAGCAGGGGCCGCCUCAGAGGCCCGGCCCCAUGCCCCAGCAUCCAGGAAUAGUCGCUACCAGGUCUCCUGAUGGCGUAGGACCGGGUGCGCCGGCGCCGCACGUGAACCCGGCGUUCUUCAACCAGCAGCCGCCAGUGCAGCCCGCGCCAGGCGUGCAGCCGCCGCCGCAGGCUGUGCCGCCAGGUCCGGGCGGUCCAUAUGGCCACCCGGCUCACGGCGGCCCGCCGCCCGCGCAGGGACCGCCCCCCGGCGCUAGACAACCCUACGGACGACCACCACAGAGCUACGGUGGUGCGGAGCCACGCCCCUUGCCGCACGCGCACGCGCCGAUCGCCCACCACAUGCCCGCGAUCAGCGAGGCGGAGUUCGAGGAGGUGAUGGGCCGCAACCGCACCGUGUCGUCGAGCGCCAUCGCCCGCGCGGUCAGCGACGCCGCCGCCGGAGAGUACGCGUCCGCCAUAGAAACGCUAGUUACCGCCAUCUCGCUCAUUAAACAGAGCAAGGUUGCCCACGACGACAGAUGUAAGAUACUGAUAUCAUCACUCCAAGACACUCUACACGGUGUUGAGACGAAGUCGUACGGCGGUGAGCGGCGGCGCUCGCGAUCUCGAGAGCGGGACGCUCGCACGCAUCACCGUGCGCCGCGACGCCGCGAGCGGUCCGCGUCCAGAUACCGCGACAGAUCGCGCGACAGGGAGGAGCGGGACCGAUACAGGGAAAGGUCGAGAGAUCGCGACCGUGAGCGCGAGCGUGAUGCUUACUACAGAGAUUACCGCGAGCGUGAGAGGGACAGGUCGAGGUCGAGGGACCGUGAACGUGCCGAUCACUACAACAGAGGACACAGUCGGGAGGAAAGGUCAGUAAGAGCACGCAAAUCACCAGUGGAGGCGGUAGCCGACGCGGGUGCGGCGGACCCCACCGUCGCUAAGAGGGCGAGCGCAGCGCCGUACUACGACGAGCGGUACCGCGAGCGGCGCGACCGCGACACCGCCGCCGGCGACCGCGACCGCGACCGCGACAGGGACCGCGACCACCGCCGAGACGCUAGACACUAGGGCGCCAACUAACGUGCUUUGUAUCUCAAUCAUAUGCAAACCAAACAACUCAGGAGCAACCUCUUACUAAUAAAUUAAGAUGUUAUGCAAUAAAUAUGCUACACAAUGUUCUCAAAAUAUUUACACAAUGAAUAUUUUAUAGGGUAUAAUAUGUGUUCUUGUCCAUCAAGGAAAGUUUUCCACGUAUGAUAAAAUGUUGUGUAGCUUAUUCACUGUAAGCUUUAAGCGUAUUACAAUUUACUUUUUUUUUAUUCGCGAGAAUGCUCGAUGGAGAAAAAACCUGCCUGUUUAAAUUCUUGCUAAGGCCGACCACAUUUUAUCAUGUAUUAUUUUGUGAUUCAGUGGAUUAAACAAUAAAACUAGAAUAAUUCUAUUCAACUUUAGCACAGUCAAUUUUACAAAAUAGUGGCAGUUUUUAAAGGCCGCUAUACGCUCCAAUUUAAUUUUUUGAGUACCGUAACUAAAUAAUGUCUCUUUAAGCAGAAUAAAAAUAUCAAAUAGAAAAGGGAAAAUAAACAUCCACACAAGCGAUCAAAUUUUGUUUGUAACAAUAUUAUUUCUACUAAUAGAUAGUUUUUGCCCAACGCCACUGACUUCUAUAACACAAUAAUGUGAGCAUCAACUGUAUAAAAUCGUACCACUACCUUUUAUUUUCAAAUAUAAGGCCUUUCUCCUGACGUUGGCUCUAUUUGAGUAUAAUAAUAAUUAUAUUUUGCAUAUUACUUCAAUGUAUAAGUAUUUAUUUUAUACAACAGAUUAGAAAUAGUCAAGAUUUGGCGAGUGAAGAUGUUAGGGUUACAAAGUCCCUUUUAAAUACAACAUUAAGUACUACCGUUUUGUAGUAAGUGAAACAUUUAGAAGAAGUAUUUUCUCACAUACGUAAAUAUCCCGCGCCACGGUCGACAGAAAUUUUCAGACACAUUCGCAGGAUUAUCCACUCUAGGAUACGUAAAAUUAGAGUCUACUUUUACACAAAACGUGUAUAACGUGUAUUUAUAUAGUAUUGUGGAAAAAUAUACAUAAUUUUGCGUAUGCGAGAGUAUAUAAUCACAAGUUACAUGGCAAGUAGUGCGAUGCGAAGAUGUUUCUAUCAAUAAUUGUGCGCACGGGCCUUUACAUCAGUGUAUGAGGAUCACCCAAGUUAUUAAGGAAUAUAAUAUCAACAUUCCAUUUUGAAUUAUACACUGAUCGCGAGCAAUCCAAAGGGAACAUUGUAAUUAUACAAAGAUGUAAGUUGUAACCAACAGUACUGAAGUACUUUAGUGUAAGUAGUUUAAGACUAUGGAGUGCUCCAUACAAUAUGACAAUGACCAUAGGGUUUCAUUUCUUGAAUAAAUUGAUGUUUUAUUCCAA